AUGGAAGAUCAGAGCAACGUCACAGCAGAACCUGGAGAGAUCAUCACUCUCCCAUGCAGAGCUGCCGAGAACCACCCAGUCCAUGUUGGAGAGUGGAGAAGAACCGAUCAGGCGUCCGAAUAUGUUCUGAGGUACAGAGACGAGCAGUUUGACGAGGAGAACCAGCAUCCAUCUUUAAAGAACCGUGUUCAUCUGAAGGACAGACAGAUGAAGAAUGGAGACCUGUCUUUGGUGCUGGAGAAUGUGACGGCUGAUGAUGAAGGACUGUAUCAGUGUUUGGUUGCUCAGGGAGGAAAACCUCAACUGGAUCUCCUCCGCACCAUCCAGUUGGUUGUAGCUACUCCUUCUGCUGCAGGGGAGAAGGAUGGAAGCAAAGAAGAUGGAACUAGCCGCCAACAUUUUGUGCUGAUACCUGUAACCGUCUUGUUCUUUAGUGUACUUUGCCUGGUUUGUCUUUGUAAGAAAAAAAAGAUGGUGUUAAACACAUCAAAUGUGUGUAAGCACUGACACAUCUGGAAUUGAUUCUCUACCAGCUGCUGCUCUGCUGGCUUUAAGUUCCUACUUGUAUCACUGGUCAACUUAAAGCUUGGGGUUAUGUUUCUCAGAUUGCUUCUGGUGUUUGGGGUCUAUUAAUUGGUACUCUAAUCCUUUUCCUCAAAUGACGUCUGCUGAGAUCACAUGCCUCAAAAUGUAGAAUAAUUGGUGCUACUUUGACCAAUAGAGGUUUUAGGGAAAGAUGGAUCAUGUCACAUGUGCUAAAAGAACAUCUGAACCAGUAUAAUAAAACAAGCUUUAAUGAUCUUAUAAUGUUCUUUCAGUGUUAGUGAACAAAGGGAAAGCUGAAUUAGAUGGAAAGGUUAAACCUCAACACCUUUCACUGUGAUCUAUGGAGAGCUGUGAUGUGGACUUAAUGAAAACAGUGAUUUAAUGUUACCAGGCAAAGCAUUAAUAAUUUCUUAUUUAAAUGUUAGCCAUAACACAGUAGCUUCCUUUAUAAUUCAUUCCUGCAAGACUUAAGCUUUCCACCCCAACAAGGAGGCCUCAGUAUUCAGGUUCGGUUGAUCAUGGAACAAAAGACUCAUAUCUUAAACAGAAGACAAACUACCAAGUUUAUAAAGGAUGAGGUAUGACCAGCAUCCAAUUAAAGAAGUGAAGGAGCUAAAAAAUCUGCACUGUUGACCUGCUGAGAGUUAUCUUCUUUUUAAUCUGUUUACAAAAUCACCAUCUAUCCAUUGUAGCAGAAAAAAACAAUUCACUAAUGUACAGUAUGCUGUGUUAUAUAAUUUGUCACUCAAUAAUCUGUCAUGAUUUUAUCUAAGGCUCGGACCCACAUGAAAAGUUUGACAGAUU